CCUGACCAACCUUAAUAAUCUCGAAAUCGACAUGAACAACCUCUCCGGCCCCAUUCCCCCCGAGCUCGGCAACCUGACCAACCUUGUAUAUCUCGAAAUCGACAAGAACAACCUCUCCGGCCCCAUCCCCCGCGAGCUUGGCACCCUGACCUACCUUUCCCGUCUAGGUCUCUCCAACAAUAACCUCUCCGGCACAAUUCCCGCCGAGCUCGGCUUCCUGCCAUAUGCGUCCCUGGACCUUCAAAACAACAGCCUCUCCGGGCCAAUACCUCCAAGUCUGCUGUACAAAUACCAGUACUACAACACGAGUUUCUAUCCUGGAAACCCGGAGUUCUUUGGUAUGCUAUCGUUGGAGCUGAACAGCGGGCGCCCAGCGGUACGCAAACCCGAGAGCGGAGUGGUGGAGCGGCACCUCAAAGUGGCGACGGAUAUGGUUAGGGAGGGGAGAAUUCUGGAAAUGGUCGACCCGGCUCUCGGGCAUGACUGCAAUGCGGAGGAGGCGCGCUGAGUAUAUCCACGUCGCGCUGGCUUGCCUGUGGACAGACAGGUCGACAGACAUAACAGGUGUGGGCGGCUCGCAGCUUGAGCUGGCAUUGGUAGUACGGUUGACUCGGGUUUUACAGAAGAAGACGUGUGGAAGUCGGAGGGAUCGUCAGCGUACCUUGAUAGCCUGAGCUCUUCGUCUGGAGUGCGUCCGUCUCAUAAGAGCACAGUGUUGUUAGCUUCGAAAUUUGUUACACCAAGAUGAUCAAGCUUCACGGGGUUCGGCUGCUUUUUUACCUGACUUGGUUGCAAACAAUCCGUGUCCAUUUGUCCAGAUGGACAGAUGUCGACACUCUUACAGUGCUUAGCCGUUUGAAAAGCUAGAGAUAAGCUAGUGAUCGUAAGGUGGUUUUCGUGGAUGAGUAGCAUACUUGGACCCCAUGGUGGAAACAUUCGUUCAGUGUUGUUUGGUUACACAGUUAGGUUGUUUUGCGUG